GUGGGGGACAGUCCUGAGGCCAGAGGACCUGGUCAGGGGUGGAGCACGAUGCUCGCCCAUCAGGACCCAGACUGACUAGAAGAAUCAGAGCCCCACACUGAACCGUCCCCCAGCUACGUCCGGCCCAGAUCCAGAGGGAGGAGAGCCAGGCCGAAAGGGAAGCACCGAGUCACUCCCCACGGCCCUCCCCUGCCCGAUCCCCCUCGGGGACGGUUUUCGGGCCUCGGGCCCCGGACCCGGGAGGCUUGGCUUCGCAGAGAGAAGCGCCCGGGGAGGAGGGGGCGGGGAGGAAGGGUCGGGAGAAGUCGCUUUCCCGUUGCGGUGCCCAGAUGAAAAUGGUGGCUUCGUUGAGGCGCCAUGAACACCAGGGGGGGGAGGAAAAGCCCAGUCCCCCUUUGGGUGUAUAGAUUUCUCCCCAGGAGCCUCGUAAGUUAUCACCCCCCGCCCAAUCCCGGCCAGCAAACCAACUCGGCCGCGCUCCCCUCCCUCGGGCCCCUUUCCAUCUCGGGGCGCCGUUGGCCCGCCUCGCCGAUUCGCCCGCCGCCGCCCUCGGCCCCCGUUAUCACUCCCGUCCGGCAGCAGGGGAGGGGCCGGCAGGGAGCGGCCGGCCGCGGCCAAACCCUCCCGUCCCUCCGCGAGCCGGGCGGCCGGGGCCGGGGCCGGGGGACCGGGGCCCGCUGCCCGCCUUCGAGACGGGGGGCCAAGGCCGCUCCGGCUCCCGGCGGCGGCGGCCUCCCCCAAGAGGAGGAGGAUGAAUCGAAGCCCGACCAGCCGCCCCAGCCCCUCCCCCGCCACUGGUACUGCGGCCGCCCGGCGACGACGCUCCCCCCUCGCCAAAGGGGGCACGGGACGAGCCUCACACCCAGGCUGAUGGAGCUGCCGAGGAUCUGCUACCCACUGCCGCCUUGGGGACCUGAGCUGCGGGUGCCACCAUCCAGACGUCAGGUCAUAAUGCCCGCCUGGUCCCGACCUACUGAUGCUAUAGGCCUCCAGGUACUGCCCACCACCUACCUGGAGAAUCCUGAAGUAGAACGGCGCUACGCUGCCCCCGCCCCCGCCCCCGCCCGGCCUUCUCAACUCUCAGCAGGCACCCCAGAGCAAGAGGGAUUCUUCAAUCUGCUGAGCCACGUACAGGGUGGGAGGAUGGAAGAGCAGCGUUGCGCCCUUCGGACCAGGCCGGACCAACGAACCUCGGGAGCCAAUCCCCCCAACCAGGACGGCCCCGGGCCCGCUCCGGAGAUGGACAACCUGAUGGAUAUGUUGGCCCACACCCAGGGCCAUCGCAUGGAUGACCAGCGAGUCAGCGUCUCCUACCUGCCCGGCUUCCGGCCCGGUGAAGACAGGAGGGCCUCGGAAUCAGACACCUCCCCCUCAUCGCAAAUGCAGCUAAGCCAAGCGGAACCUGACCCCGGCCUUCCCGUCCCGCCCUCUUCCUCCUGCAGAAAUGAGGGGCCGCCGAGCAGAGGACCACUCUGGUUCCCAUCUCCAGUAACUCCAGAGCCGCAGCUCCAUCAAACUGAAUAAAUUCAGCCCUUCCUUUGCUGUGUA